GAAAACGGCCCUCCCAGCUAAUUCUAAUGAAUCAUUAGACUCAGGACAACCUUUGACACCAGGUCUGUUUGCAGUGCAUGCUGGGUAAGUGUCCCUGAGCAGUGGGCGUGUGCAGCUGGUUGAUACAACUGGUUGGAUGGGUUUUGAGAAGUGAAUGAAUUUGCUGCAGCAGAGACAAGCAUUUGCACGGAGAAUAUGUUGACAGGUAAGGCUGACCUGUCCACACCUCUCCGGCAGAUCAUGGCAGCUGCAGCGUCCAGCCCUCUGACCACUCACGUGCUGAACACUGGAGAUGGCAUCCCGGCAGCCAAGAUGGCUGUCAGCCUGCAUCGGCUCGACUCCGAGCUGAUGAUCUGGAACAUGCUGAGUAUUGGGACCACAAAUGAAGAUGGCCGCUGCCCAGGACUCAUCAGCCGAGAAGCUUUCAUCUCCGGCAUGUACAAGCUGCGCUUUGAGACGGGUUCAUACUGGGAGAGUCUGGGUCAGACCUCCUUCCACCCCUAUGUAGAGGUUGUGUUCACCAUCAGUUCCCCGGAGCAGAGGUUCCACCUCCCUCUGCUGAUGAGUCGGUUCUCCUACAGCACCUAUAGGGGAAGCUGAGGGCUUUUAUUCUAGCUCUCAUUUACAUUAUUAAGAACUCAGAACCUCCAAAAGUGUAGAUUUUUCCUAAAUGUCUACAGCAAGCUUAAAGGAUGACAAGUUCAACACACUGCAACCAGGGAUGUAGAAAGGUGUAAAGUAACAUUUAUUUAUUUCUUCUUUUUUUUUCUCACAUAUUGUAUUUUCAAUAUUCUAACAUCUCGUUAAAUCUGUUAAAUAUUGUUGGACCUUUACUCCAUAUGGAAAUGUCAUCAUCUCCCCAGUGGACCCAGAAAGCAAGCAGGACCUCUGAGCUAAACUAAUCAGUUUACAGAAAAUGUAUUGACAACAAGUUUGAUAAUUGAUGAAUAAAAUCUUUAUGAGGAAAAAAAGGAGAAGGUCAAUAAUAACAUUGGUUCAUUAAUAUUUUGUAUUUCCCUCAUUUCUAUGAUAUUAAACAGACUAGCUUUGUGUUUUUGACCAUUUGUGAGACAAACAAUUUGAAUAUGUAAAUGUGGGCUUCAGAAAGUAAUGAUGGGCAUUUUUCACUAUUUUCAGACAUUUUAUGAAGCGAACAAUUAAUCGGUUCAUGAAGAAAAAAUUGUUAGAGUUAGUGCUAAUGCAAAUAACUGUUGGUUGCAGCCUUACAGCUCACUUGUGAUGGAACAAUUUGACCCUGCCCAAGGUUCUACCUGUGAAUGACUUGACACAGCAGGAGUGGAAGUAAUUUGAUUAAGCACAAUUUCUAAAACAAAGGAGCAAAAUAUAAUAACAGUUAAGGUCUUAUUUUGAUGUUGAUGUUUUGAUGAGAAAACCUAAUGUCAUUGAAUAUUGAGGUUUUUUUAACAUGCCAUGUAAUUAAUGUGAGAUUAUAAAACACAGUCAAUGACAAUUACCACAUAUAUGUUACAUUGAGACGCAUUGGAUAACGUUCUUCUCUGUCUCAGCCAAUCAGAGCGAAGGUGCGCUGCGAGGACGCAGUGGUAGCCCUUCUCAUACCUGUAUGUAAUAAAGUCAUCUAAAAAGUAA